AGGCAUCAGGAGCAUUCUUCCCAGGCAUGUGCCCCUGUCACUCAUGCACAUCCAGACACACAACUACACCACACACCCACUAGUGUUUCCACUGUGUCCUCUGUGUUCCCAGCACAAGGCUGGCACACUGCUCUGUUAGUCUUUUGAACACAGCGCGUCUCUCUGCAGCUUGGAGCAAGAAGCUGAAUAAUAUUACUGAAUCACCUGCAGCUCUAUUACGUUUUUGUGUGGAUUUAUUGUUUUUUAAGGUUUACAAACCCAUCGAUUGUUUUUGUUUUUGGUGGAAAACAGUGUAGAGACAGUCAUCCAGUGUGUAUUAGUAGUUCAGAAGAAGUCUUGAACUAAGUCUUCCAAAAUGGCCCCUGUGAAAAGCUGGGUAGUGGGGCUCCUGCUGGUUCUCUUGUGCCCAUCCCCGGUCUCCCUCUCGGGAGUUGUGAGUGCCCAGGACGUGGCUGAAGCAGAGCAAAGCCUCCAUGCCAGAAAUGUUGAGGAGGUUGUGGCUGAAGAGGGCCAAACAGUGGAGGGGGAUGAUGGCGCAACUGAGGAAGAGGAACAGGUAGCAGAGGAGGACGGAGACGAAGAAGAUGAAGAAUCAGACGAUGAGGCAGAAACGGAUAAUCAGGAGGAGAAAGGGGAGGAUGCUGAGGAAGAGCAAACCGCUGAGGAGGAAGAGGAGACUGCUGAGGAGGAUGCUGAGGAGGAGGAGGACGAGGAGACUGCUGAGGAAGACGAGGCUGAAGAAGAGGAAGCAGAGCAAGAUGAAGAAGAGGCAACUGAGGAAGAGGAGGUUGAUGCUGAGGAAGAGGAAGAGGGGGAUAAUGCCCAAACAGAGGAGGAGGAGGAGGAAGAAGAGGCUGCUGAGGAGGGUGAGGAAGAAGAGGCUGCAGAUGAGAAAGAGGAUGAUGCUGAAGAAGAGAAGGAUGCUGAUGAAGCAGCAGCUGAGGAGGAAGAGGAGGGUGACACUGAAGAACAGGAAGACGAGGAAGAGGGGGAGGAGGCUGCAGAUGAGGAAGAAGAGGACGAUGCUGAAGAAGAGAAGGAAGCUGAUGAAGCAGCAGCUGAGGAGGAAGAGGAGGGUGACACUGAAGAACAGGAAGACGAGGAAGAGGGGGAGGAGGCUGCAGAUGAGGAAGAAGAGGACGAUGCUGAAGAAGAGGAGGCUGAUGAGGCAGCAGCAGAGGAGGAGGAGGAUGAUGAUGAUGAUGCAACUGAAGGAGAGGAGUUAGCUGAGGAAGAGGAGGCUGAUGAUGCUGAGGAGGAGGAAGAGGAUGGGGAUGACUCUGAGGAAGAGGAAACAACUGAAGCAGAGGAAGAUGACGAUGAGCCUGAAGAUGAUGACACAGCAGAUGAAGAGGAGCCUGCCACUGACCUGCUGAAAUUCCACUCUGGCUCUUUGUGCAGUGUUUGCUCAAUCUGUGAGCACUGCUCUAAUAACUGUGACAAAUGUCCCUGUGAAGAUGAUGAGUCGGAUCACUGUGAGCACUGCCAAGAAUGCUCAUCCUGCUACAUUUGCCCCAUACUGUGUGACACAAUUUGCACACCAGGUGGCCUUGUUGAUGAGCUAACUGGGACCCUCUUUCAGACUGUUGCCUCUCUACUCUGAAUAACCUGAAGACUGUGCUCUUUAAUGCCACCCUGUUGGUUGCACAAGGUACAGCGCCCAGGAUUGGAGCUGUUCAUACCUCUCCAGCAACGUGGACUCCCACAAGAGCUUGUCAUGAAUCUGACAGAAACACAAAAACACUUUUAGGUUUUAACUCAUGUUUAGAUAAGAUAUUUCACUUGCUUUGUAACAAGAGCUAAACAUUUAUUAACAAAAAACAAUUUUCUUUUCCUUACUUUACAUUUUCAAUGCAAAAUGGGCAAUAAUGCAUUACCAAGUCUAAUAUAUGAUUUGUUAGGAUUCUUUCUUUGCAAAACAAUUUUUGGUUGAGCAAAAAUGUUAUAAGAUCUAUCUUAGUGGCACAAAUCAAUAUGAUUGCACUACUAGAAAGAUUAAAAUCUACGGCCACUCAGGUAACUUGCAAAUGUUUAAGCCCAUUGAUUUUUUUUUUUUUUUUUUUUUUUUACAGUAAAGUUUCACACAUGCUGAUACAUUAACAGCUUUCCCAUCUGAUAAUAAAUGUCUCCUCUUUGGUUUAAUAUAGCCAACAUGUACAUCACAAGCACAGGUUCUCUGUCACAAAAUUUGCUUCUAAUUAGCUGUUUUUACUUUUUUUUUAUUUUGUGUUUUUUUUUUAAGUUCAUAUUGUUUUACUGACUUCAAAGUUAUUUCUAGAUUUUUGUUGUUGUUGCAUAUACUCAUGACUGUGGCUCAUUAAAACCACAGUGAGAAUUUGUUAGGUGACUUUUAAUCCCUAGUAUUAAUACAUUUGAGUAUACUCUGUAGAAGUGUGGAACAAUUGCAGUAUAGCUGUUUCUUAAAUAAAUAAAUCACUUCUGUUCACCCUUU